GGGAUGCAUCAUCAAAGAUGGCUUUCAGUGUCGGAUGGUACAUCAUAAACGACCAGUUCAUUUAAUGACAUUUUUGCAGUCAAAUAAGCCCUAGUGGUUAUAGAAGACUGGAGCGGUGGACGGAAGCCGUCGCAAGCAGUGUCCAUCACCUGCGACGUGCUACGGCCGCCUGCCUCCUUGCAGCAUUUUUAUCGUCCCUACAGCUAGCGAGUUAGCUAACUUAGCUCAUUUGUAAAUAUUAGCCAGCUAGCUAACGUUAGCGACAUCUGGUCCCGUUAAAAUGGCCACCAUGGAGAAAUUGAUGAAGGCCUUUGAGUCUCUCAAGUCAUUCCAGCAACAGCAGGGACCACCAUCGGCCGAAGAGCUAGUUCAAAAACAGAAAAAAGAUCUCGCAACAACCAAAAAGGAUCGGGUGACCCACUGUCUGACGAUAUGUGAAAACAUUGUGGCACAGUCUCUGAGGACGUCGCCAGAGUUCCAGAAACUUCUGGGCAUCGCCAUGGAGAUGUUCCUGUUGUGUACCGAUGAUAAGGAGUCUGACGUCAGGAUGGUGGCGGACGAGUGCCUCAACAAAAUCAUCAAAGCAUUGAUGGACUCCAACUUACCCAGGCUGCAGCUGGAGCUGUACAAAGAGAUUAAGAAGAACGGUGCCUCCCGUAGUCUGCGAGCUGCCUUGUGGAGGUUUGCAGAGCUGGCCCACCUCAUCCGGCCGCAGAAGUGCAGGCCUUACCUGGUCAACCUUCUGCCCUGUUUGACACGGAUCACCAAGCGUCAGGAGGAGAUGGUGCAGGAGACUCUGGCCUCCUCCAUCCCCAAGAUCAUGUCUGCCCUGGGCCAAUUUGCUAAUGACGGAGAGAUCAAGGUGCUGCUGAAAGCAUUUGUGGCUAACCUGAAGUCCAGCUCGCCCACCAUCCGCCGAACCGCAGCCAGCUGUGCCGUCAGCGUCUGUCAGCACUCACGCAGAACACACUACUUCUACACCUGGCUCCUCAACGUGCUGCUCGGUCUGGUGGUUCCGGUGGAUGAGGAGAGGCCUAAUCACCUGAUCCUGGGUGUGCUGCUCACGCUGCGCUACCUGAUGCCCCUGCUGCAGCAGCAAGUGCCCAACACCAGCCUGAAGGGCAGCUUUGGCGUCAUGCGCAAGGAGGCCGACGUCUCCCCAUCCCCAGAACAGCUGGUCCAGGUGUACGAGCUGACGCUACACUACACGCAGCACGGCGACCACAACGUGGUGACUGCCUCGCUGGAGCUGCUCCAGCAGGCAUUCCGCACGCCGCCGCCCGAGCUUCUGCACAUGCUCACCACCCCAGGUGUCCUGCCACGCCACACCGUCUUCCGCCAGGAGGCAGACGGCCGAGCCCGCAGCGGCAGCAUCGUGGAGCUCAUCGCUGGCGGAAGCUCAUCGUGGAGCCCGCUCCUCCUCAGGAAGCAGAAAGGAAAAGUGCUGUCGGGGGAGGAGGAGGGGUUGGAGGAUGACCCUGAAACGAGGGCAGAGGUCACCGGCUCCUUCACAGCGUCAGUCACCACCGAGUCGGGCAGCAGCGACGUGUCGGCGCCGUCGUCGUCGGGCGUGUCCUCGCUGACGCCAGCAGACAUCAUUACCCAGCAGCCGCGCUCCUCCCAGCGUGCCCUGCAGCCGGGCGACUCGGUGGAGCUGAGCGGCGCCGGGGGCGACAGCGGGCCCGACGACGCAGACGCCGACGAGGAGGACAUGCUGAGCCGCAGCUCCAGUGGUGGCGCCGGCGGGCCAGGAGGAGGGGCCGUCCCCUCAGCGGCCGUGACCAGCGAGGAGUCCGUGGACGACGGUGACUCAAGGCAGGACCAACAGCAGCAGCGGCCCUCGGUUGCCCCGAGCGACAGCUCCCAGACCACCACGGAGGGGCCUGACUCGGCCGCCACACCCUCGGAGUGCCCUGAGCUCGUAAGUGUGCCACCGCGACGGCCCGGCCCCAGUCCGAGCCCCAGCCCCUGUCCGAGCCCGACCCUGCCCUCUCCGACCUCCACCGAGGGCCCCGACGCCUCCACACACUCGGACAGCUCGUCCUCCACCGGCGAGGCGUCUUCGGCCUACAGGCCCUCUUCUUCCUCCUCUACCUCCUCCUCCUCUUCCUCCUGUUCAGUGGCCUCUCUGGCCAGCGGGAGUGACCAGGUUCUGGAUGGUAGUGAGAGUCAGUAUUCAGGGAUGCAGAUUGGAACACUACAAGAUGAGGAGGAAGAGGGUGGCGCUCCUGGCCCAGAUGAACCUCUGGAGUCCUUCUCCCAGUCCGUGUUAGCCAUGACGAGGCCCCACCUGCUGGAAGGGAAAGGUCACAACAGGCAGGCGUCGGACAGCAGUGUGGACCGCUUCAUACCAAAGGAUGAGCAGCUGGAGCCCCCCGACCCAGAGACCAAGCCGUCCAGGAUCAAAGGGGUGAUUGGACACUACACCGACCCCAAGGAGGAGCCUCUGGUCCACUGUGUGCGCCUGCUGGCCGCUUCCUUCCUACUGACUGGACAGAAAAAUGGGCUGGUGCCGGACAGGGAGGUGCGGGUCAGUGUGAAGGCCCUGGCCGUGAGCUGUGUGGGGGCGGCCGCUGCUCUCCAUCCUGAGGCCUUCUUCAACACCCUCUACCUGGAGCCGCUAGAGGGCCUAGCCCCAGAUGAGCAACAGUAUAUCAGCGACAUCCUGAAGUAUGUGGACCACGGUGACCCGCAGAUCCGGGGGGCCACGGCCAUCCUGUGCGGUGCCCUGAUCCAGGCCAUCCUGCUCAAGACGCGCUUCAACGUGGAGGCCUGGCUGGCCACGGUCCAGAGCUCAACUGGAAACCCCAUCUCGCUAGUGGACUUAGUGCCUUUGCUGCAGAAGUGCUUGCGGGACGAGUCGUCGGUGACCUGUAAGAUGUCCUGUGCUGCUGUGAGGCACUGCAUCAUGGCUCUGAGCAGCAGCAGCCUGAGUGAGCUGGGCCUGCGGCUGCUGAUUGACCUGCUGGCCCUCCGUGACUGCUCCUACUGGCUCGUCCGCACCGAGCUGCUGGAAACGGUGGCCGAGGUGGACUUCAGAUUGGUUAAUUUCCUUGAGAGGAGAACGGAUAGUUUGCACAAAGGAGAACAUCAUUACACCGGGCUGCUCAGACUACAGGACCGGAUCCUCAGUGAUGUCAUCGUCUACCUUCUGGGGGAUGAGGACCCCAGAGUCAGACAUGUUGCUGCUGCUACUGUCAGCAGGGUGGUGUCACGACUGUUCUACGACUGUGACCAGGCACAGGCGGACCCUGUGGUGGCCAUUGCACGGGAGCAGAGCAGCUUGUACCUCCAGCUACUGAUGCACGAGACCCAGCCGCCCUCUCAGUUUACCGUCAGCACUAUCACCAGGACAUACAGGGGCUACAACUUGUCCCUGGGUACCUCUGAUGUGACCAUGGAGAACAACUUGUCUCGAGUGAUAAGUGCAGUGUCCCAUGCGCUCUCGUCCUCCACGUCCAGAGCCCUCACGUUUGGCUGCUGUGAGGCCCUGUGUCUGCUGAGCUCCAGUUUUCCGGUGUGCAGUUGGAGUACAGGCUGGCACUGCGGCUACAUCAGCUCCUCCGCCACUCACCUCAGCCGUGGCAACCAGAGCCGCACCCGCGGACGCUCACACAGCCUAUCCCAGUCGAGUGUCCCGGAGGAGUCCAGGAGGUGCCUGACCGUGGGCAUGGCCAACAUGGUGCUCUCGCUGCUGUCCUCCGCCUGGUUCCCCCUGGAUCUGUCGGCCCACCAGGACGCCCUGGUGCUGGCUGGGAACCUGCUGGCCGCUGCCUCCCCCAAGUGCAUGAAGAGCCCCUGGAGUGGCGAGGAGGAGACCAACGCGGCAGCAGCCAAGCAGGAGGAGCCGUGGCCGGCCCUCAGUGACCGCUCGCUUAUCGGCAUGGUGGAGCAGCUCUUCUCCCACCUCCUCAAGGUCCUCAACAUCUGCGCCCACGUGCUGGACGACACGCCACCUGGCCCCGCCGUCAAGGCCACGCUGCCCUCCCUGGCUAACCCCCCGUCCCUGAGCCCCAUCCGCAGGAAGGGCAAAGACAAGGACACGGCCGAACCGCCCGCUCCCAUGAGCCCCAAGAAGGGGGGCGACCCCAACACAGGCCGGCCAGCAGACAGCACAGUGGCUGCGCCCGUCAGCAAGUCCACCACUCUAGGCAGUUUCUACCACCUUCCUCCCUACCUGAAGCUCUAUGACGUUCUCAAGGCCACAUAUGCCAACUACAGGGUGACACUGGAUCUCCACACCACCAAUGAGAAGUUUGGCGGUUUCCUGCGCUCCUCGCUGGACGUGCUCUCCCAGCUGCUGGAGCUGGCCACGUUACACGACAUCGGGAAAUGUGUGGAGGAAGUCUUGGGGUACCUCAAGUCCUGCUUCUCCAGAGAGCCAACAAUGGCCACUGUCUGUGUGCAACAGCUACUGAAGACGUUGUUUGGGACAAACUUGGCGUCCCAGUACGAGGGGGCCGCCUCGCACCCGUGCCGCUCCCAGGGGAAGGCCCUCCGUCUGGGCUCGUCCAGCCUGCGGCCCGGCCUCUACCACUACUGCUUCAUGGCCCCCUACACCCACUUCACCCAGGCACUGGCCGACGCCAGCCUCAGGAACAUGGUGCAGGCCGAGCAGGAACAGGACGCCUCAGGAUGGUUUGAUGUUAUGCAGAAGGUGUCCAGUCAGAUGAGGUCCAGUAUCACCAAUGUCACGCGCCACAGAGGUGACAAGAAUGUCAUCCACAACCACAUCCGUCUGUUUGAGCCGCUGGUCAUCAAGGCACUGAAGCAGUACACCACCAGCACCUCGGUGGCGCUGCAGAGGCAGGUCCUGGACCUGCUGGCCCAGCUUGUGCAGCUGCGGGUCAACUACUGCCUGCUGGACUCUGACCAGGUGUUCAUCGGCUUUGUUCUCAAGCAAUUUGAGUACAUUGAAUUGGGCCAGUUCAGGGAUUCGGAGGCGAUCGUGCCCAACAUCUUCUUCUUCCUGGUGCUGCUGUCCUAUGAACGCUACCACUCCAAGCAGAUCAUCAGCAUCCCAAAGAUCAUCCAGCUCUGCGAUGGCAUCAUGGCCAGUGGGAGGAAGGCAGUUACUCACGCCAUCCCUGCCCUGCAGCCGAUAGUCCAUGACCUGUUCGUGCUCCGGGGCUCAAACAAAGCCGACGCCGGAAAAGAGCUGGAGACCCAGAAGGAGGUGGUGGUCUCUAUGCUGCUCCGCCUUAUCCAGUACCAUCAGGUGCUGGAGAUGUUCAUCCUGGUCCUGCAACAGUGUCAUAAAGAGAAUGAGGACAAGUGGAAGAGACUCUCUCGCCAGAUCGCUGACAUCAUCCUGCCUAUGAUCGGCAAACAGCAGAUGCAUCUGGACUCCCAUGAGGCGUUGGGUGUGCUCAACACACUGUUUGAGACGGUGGCUCCCUCCUCACUGAGGCCUGUCGACAUGCUGCUCAAGAGCAUGUUCGUCACUCCGGCUACUAUGGCGUCAGUGGGGACGGUGCAGCUGUGGGUGUCCGGCAUCCUGGCCGUGCUGCGCGUGCUCAUCUCCCAGUCCACCGAGGACAUCGUGCUGUCCCGCGUGCAGGAGCUCUCCCUGUCCCCCUACCUGCUGUCCUUCCCCACCAUCCGCCGGCUGCAGAGCGAGGUGGCCGCUCAGGCGCCCCCCCCACCCCAGCCGGCCGGUGGCCAGGAGACCAACGGCGAGCCCCAGCGCUUCCCACCUGAGGAGACCUUCGCCAGGUUCCUGCUGCAGCUGGUGGGUGUGCUGUUGGAGGACAUCUCCAGUAAGCAGGUGAAGGUGGACAUGAGUGAGCAGCAGCACACGUUCUACUGCCAGCAGCUGGGCACCCUCCUCAUGUGCCUCAUCCACAUCUUCAAGUCCGGAAUGUUCCGGCGCAUCACUGCAGCUGCCACCAAGCUGCUGAAAGCCGAGGGCCCGGCGUCAGGGGUCGGGGUGGGCGAGGGCUGCUUCUACAGCCUGGAGGGUCUGAACGCGCUGGUCCUGCGCCUCAUCACCACCCACCCCCCGCUGGUGCUGCUUUGGUGCCAGGUGCUGCUCAUCAUCAACUACACCAACUACACCUGGUGGUCCGAGGUGCACCAGACGCCCAGGAGGCACAGUAUGUCCAGCACGAAGCUGCUGAGUCCACACUCGUCCGGGGAGGGCGACCAGGACGGGCUGGAGACGCGGCUGGCCAUGUGCAAUCGAGAGAUCGUCCGCCGGGGGGCGCUCAUCCUCUUCUGUGACUACGUGUGCCAGAACCUGCACGACUCGGAGCACUUGACCUGGCUGACGGUGAAUCAUGUGCAGGAGCUGAUCAGCCUUUCCCAUGAGCCCCCGGUGCAGGACUUCAUCAGUGCUGUCCACCGAAACUCCGCCGCCAGCGGCCUCUUCAUCCAGGCCAUCCAGUCCCGCUGCGACAAUCUGACCAACCCCACCAUGCUGAAGAAGACCCUGCAGUGUCUGGAGGGGAUGCACCUGAGCCAGUCGGGGGCUCUGCUCAUGCUCUACGUGGACAAGCUGCUCAGCACGCCCUUCCGGGUGCUAGCGCGCAUGGUGGACACGCUGGCCUGCCGCCGUGUGGAGAUGCUGCUGGCCGAGACGCUGCAGAACAGCGUAGCUCAACUGCCUGUGGAGGAGCUGGACAGGCUCCAGGAGUAUCUGCAGAGCAGUGGACUGGCCCAGAGGCACCAGAGGUUCUACUCCCUGCUGGACAGGUUCCGAGCCUCUCUCCCCGAGGAGACGGCAAGCCCCACACCGCCGGUCAGCACACACCCACUAGAUGGAGAGCCACCCCCUCCCACACAGCAUGUGGUAGCUAAUAAGGAGUGGUAUGUGACGUUAGUGAAGUCUCAGUGCUGUUUGGGUGGAGAGGGGGCGUUGUAUGAAACCACGGAGCUGCUGACCAAACUGCCCCAGGAGGAUCUCAGCGCCAUCAUGGCCUGCAAGGAGUUCAAUCUGGCCCUGCUGGCCCCCUGCCUGAGUGUUGGGGUGCAGAGGCUAACCCAAGGUCAGGGCGGGGUCCUAUUGGACACUGCUCUCCAGGUGACCAUGGAUCGCCUGUCCGCCACCACGCAGCUCCUCCCCCUCCCCCACCACUCCUUCCUGCCGCCCACCGAUGCGGAGUCCGAGCCUGAAGGCUACUGGGAUAAACUGGCCGACGUCUAUAGCGAGCCGGGCUUCUAUCAGACGGUGCUGAGCCUGUGUGGAGCUCUGAGUCAGUACCUGCUGUCUCUGCCAAAGCUGCCCUCCUCCCUACAGAUCACCCCACACAGAGAGGCCCUGGUGGCCUCCUUCACCACCCUCACCAUAGAGACGGUGGUGUGGCGAGUGCUGCAGGACCAGCUCCCUCUGAGCGUGCAGCUGCAGGCGUCCCUGUCCUGUGUGUGUCUGGCCCUGCAGCAGCCGGCCGUCUGGACCCUGCUGGCCUCGGGCCCCUACCUCAGCCAGGCCAUGUCCAUCAUCCACUGCGUCCGCCUGCUCAUCCACGCAGUCGCUGUGGGGCCUGGUGACCAGCUUCUCCGACCGGAAAGAAAGAGGUCUAACUCUGAAUCUGGGGAAGAUGAAGUGGACUCAGCCAAAGACGAUGUGAGCAAGCAGCGUGCGUGUGAGGUGAUGGUUGAGCUGGUGGAGGGCUUGCAGACGGCGCUCUUUCUGGGCCACCCUCGGAACCGGUCUAUCCCAGCAUUCCUCACUCCCACCCUGCGCAAUGUCAUCAUCAGCCUCGCCAGGCUACCGCUCGUCAACAGCUACACCCGCGUGCCGCCACUGGUGUGGAAGCUGGGCUGGUCCCCCAGGCGUGGUGGUGAGUUUGGUACGGCACUGCCAGAGAUCCCUGUGGAGUUCCUGCAGGAGAAGGACGUCUUCAGGGAGUUCCUGUACCGCAUCAACACUCUGGGGUGGAGCAGUCGGACGCAGUUUGAGGAGACCUGGGCCACACUGUUGGGGGUGCUGGUCACCCAGCCAAUCGCCAUGGACCAGGAAGAGGAGAGUCCGCAGGAGGAGGAUCUGGAGCGGACUCAGAUUAACGUGCUUGCGGUGCAGGCCAUCACCUCUCUGGUGCUGAGCGCCAUGACUCUUCCUGUGGCGGGAAAUCCCGCCGUCAGCUGCCUGGAGCAGCAACCGCGCAACAAGACCCUCAAAGCCCUGGAUACGAGGCUUGGGAAGAAGCUGAGUGUGAUCCGGGGGGCCGUGGAGAGGGAGAUCCAGUCCAUGGUGUCCAAGAGGGACAACGUGGCCACUCACUUCCCUUAUCAGGCCUGGGACCCCGUGCCCUCACUCUCCUCCUCCUCCGCAGGCACCCUGAUUAGCCACGAGAAGCUCCUCCUGCAGAUCAACACAGAGAGAGAGAUGGGCAACAUGGAGUACAAACUGGGCCAGGUGUCCAUUCAUUCGGUGUGGCUGGGGAACAACAUCACCCCUCUGAGGGAGGAGGAGUGGGACGAGGAUGAGGAGGAUGAGACCGAUGCCCCGGCACCAGCCUCACCCCCCAUCUCUCCCAUCAACUCAAGGAAGCACCGUGCUGGAGUAGACAUCCACUCCUGCUCCCAGUUCCUCCUGGAGCUCUACAGUCAGUGGAUCCUGCCAGGGAGCCCCAGUAACCGCAAGACCCCCGUCAUCCUCAUCAGUGAGGUGGUGCGAUCGCUGCUGGCGGUGUCGGACCUCUUCACUGAGCGGAACCAGUUUGACAUGAUGUUCUCCACCCUGAUGGAGCUGCAGAGAGUGCACCCCCCUGAAGACGAGAUCCUCAACCAGUACCUUGUGCCAGCCAUCUGCAAGGCCGCCGCCGUGCUGGGCAUGGAUAAGGCCACAGCAGAGCCUGUGUGUCGACUGCUGGAGACGACACUGCGGAGCACGCACCUGCCCAGCCGCAUCGGGGCGCUGCACGGCGUCCUCUACGUGCUGGAGUGUGACCUGCUGGACGACACCGCCCGCCAGCUCAUCCCUACGGUCAGCGAGUACCUGCUCUCCAACCUCAGAACCCUAGCACAUUGUGUGAACCUACAUAACCAGCAGCACGUGUUGGUGAUGUGUGCUGUGGCGUUCUACAUGAUGGAGAAUUACCCUCUGGAUGUGGGGUCAGAGUUCAACGCUGGCAUCAUCCAGUUGUGCGGGGUGAUUCUGUCGGCCAGUGAGGAGGCCACGCCAUCAGUCAUCUACCACUGCGUGCUGCGGGGGCUGGAGCGGCUACUGCUGUCGGAGCAGCUGUCGCGCGUCGACGCAGAGACGCUGGUCAAGCUCAGUGUGGAGCGUGUCAACAUGCCCAGCCCCCACCGCGCCAUGGCCGCCCUGGGCCUCAUGCUCACCUGCAUGUACACAGGUGACCCGGACGACGCAGGAAAGGAGAAAGUCAACCCUGGUCACCCUGGGGAUGCCGACCCAACUGCCACAGACAGUGAGACGGUCAUUGUUGCUAUGGAGCGUGUCUCUGUGCUCUUUGACAGGAUCCGUAAGGGCUUCCCUUGUGAAGCUCGCGUGGUAUCGCGGAUUCUGCCUCAGUUCCUGGACGACUUCUUCCCUCCUCAGGAUGUCAUGAACAAGGUCAUCGGAGAGUUCCUGUCCAAUCAGCAGCCUUACCCCCAAUUCAUGGCAACAGUGGUCUAUAAGGUGUUCCAGACGCUGCAUGCCACCGGCCAGUCGUCCAUGGUGCGCGACUGGGUGCUGCUGUCCCUCUCCAACUUCACCCAGCGCACGCCUGUGGCCAUGGCCAUGUGGAGUCUGACCUGCUUCUUCGUCAGCGCCUCCACUAGCCAGUGGAUCUCCGCUCUCCUGCCUCACGUGGUCAGUCGCAUGGGCAGGGCGGACACGGUGGACGUCAGCCUCUUCUGCCUGGUGGCCAUGGACUUCUACCGGCACCAGAUUGACGAGGAGCUGGACCGCCGCGCCUUCCAGUCCGUCUUCGAGAUGGUGGCCGUGCCGGGCAGUCCGUACCACCAGCUGCUGUGCUGCCUCCAGAGCAUCCACCAGGACACUCCGCUGUGAACAAGCCAGUCAGCCUCACUAGUUCACACUGUGACACCUCGUUAUGUCACAGUUUGUCAGUGUGUCCUCAAGUCACCACAACACCUCCAUGUAACGCCCUGUUAUCCUCAAUGCACUGGGAGGCCUUUUUGUCCAGAGGCCCAUCUAUGGUUAUAGUACCAAGGAUCAUCACCAAGACCACAGCCCCUCAAAAGAGUUCUAGAAUCACUGUGAGGUAGCCUUCCCACAAUGCACAGGGACUCCUUGCAGAGUGAUUGAUAUCUCUAGAGCAAACCAAGAGUCGUACUAAAGUCCCUCUGGAAAUCUGAAACCAUUAUACGACCAUCCCCACGUAGAGUAUGCAAUCAUGUUUAAUCGUGGGCGCUUUCUUUGCAUGAAAACACAAGAGUGUGGUAAAUUGACACUGUCAGAUGAACGCCUCCUGAAAGUGGAUCUGUGUCCAAGCAACAGGGUCUGACUUGACACCUCCACCUCCUGCCCGCCAGACAGCCAGCAGCUUUUGGCAGAGGUUCGUUAAACAACCAUUCAACUGACAAAGGCCUCCCCAAGAAGUGGUCUUCAUCUCAAUCCCAGGUCUUUUCCACUCCUCCAUAACUCACCCUGUUUGUCUCCAUGGUCUAGGUGGGGGGGCUAACUUUAACAACCGGGCUUUCACUUACCCACUCCUUCUCUCUGCCAUCACCCCUCCCCUUUUCUGUCUGUCUGAAAAAAAAAAAAAAAUAACAUUCCUUGAUUAUUAUGACUAUUGUUAUUAUUUUGCACGAAUGUUGCAUUGCUCUGUGGAUCUGUCCUCCAGCACUUGAACACUGAACAGAAUAUAUUAUAACUUAAUUUGUAUCUAUAUCCUCUCCUGAAGGAAAUAUGCUUGAGCCAUGGCGUUAUUACAAAAAAAAAAUCAUUAAAUAAGACUGAGGAUGUAGUAUAUUUAAAAGUAAGAUGUGGUCAAUACUUCUAUUUUUGGUGCCGUUUUUGUUACAGUCUUCAGGAGUGAUCUAAAGGGGCCUUUUUUCCAAAGGGGUUGAAAUCUCAGUGUCUUGUGUGUGUGUGUGUGUGACUCUCAUCUGGUUCCUUUUUUAAUUAUUAUUUUGGUCACUCGUCAAUACUGCACUGCUCUUGAUGGAGUGGGAAAUGGAAAAUAAUUGUGAAAGGUUUGGUAAUGUGAAAGGUAGAAAGUUUGGUAAAAGCCAUAAUAACCAUACUUUUGUUUCUCUAUUGAUUGUAUUGUCAUGGUGGACAACAUUAUUCUUUGUUGUUAAGCAUGCUGCAACAAGUUGUUUGUCCAUUAAGGCAACAGCCUUGCGUAGUGUGACUGUUUUUAAUCUCAGGACACGAGAUGUGAUUAUUGAUCCCCAUAAUGACUAGAAGUUCUAUUUUAAUGGAGGGUGUAUCUAUAUUGUGUAAUAUGUAUGAAAGAAGACAAAAAAAUACAGAAAUCUGAAAGGAUGUGUGUUUAAUCAAGAAAAAUGGGCGAUCCAGACGUCCCAUUGCCACUGUUUGUCGAGCACACAGAAUCGUUGACGCUAACCUCUGAAUGCCCACUUUGUUUUUUUGUUUUUUUAAAUAGGCCUGUGUCUCGUUACGUAUGCUUUGUUGAUUCAUUUGACAACAAAAUUCUCUUAAUGAGAAACUGUCUGAGCACUACUGAACUGUAAUAAAAUAAAAUCAACAAUAAAUUACAUUUUAUAAUCUUAUGUUUUAAUGCUCAAUUGAAGGAGGUGUAUUGUGAGCACUGUAAGUAUAUAAAGCCUUAGUCAGCAAUCUGAUCAUGUAUAUAUUCACUAGUGGCAUGCUCCUGAUAAUUGCAAAACUCUUUCAAUACCGAAGUAGUGACUGGGAAAAGUCAUGAUUUGGUACCAAUGCAGUCAGCUCUAAACCAUAGACUGGAUGAUGCCUUGAGCAAGCGUUGACAAAUCGCAGGUGUAUGCGGGCAGAGGUUAUUGGCAAGGUUGGUCCAUAGCAGCAAGCCUCCUGCAGCAAUUCACACUUUGUAUGUUAGCAUUUCAGUGUUUACAGAACUUGAGGAAAGAUUUCUGUCUCUCUUUCUCACACUUUGAAAUAAGUAUUGAACAUGUGAACAGUGAUCAUAUUAGUAUGUCAGAAGCUUCAAAUUGACACUUGAUAUCUGUGUAAAAUGUAUCAUAUCCUCUCGCAGGAAGGUUUAACACUCACAGCUAACUGUUUCGGUCAACGUACCUUUCCAAAUGAUGUAUUUACACAAUAAAACAGUGAUGACAGCA